UAAAAGGCGCCGAAUGAAAAUUUCUUCAAAAUUAUAAAUUUUUCGUACUAUUUCCAUGUAAUUUUCGUAUUUGACGCUUGAAUUAAGCUAAAAAAUCCAAAUUUCCUCUAAAAAUUUAACUUUUCAUCAAAAAUUCUUCGUAAUUUAAGUCAAAAAUGGAAAACGAUGAUGCCGAGCAGGAAGUUUCUUGUCCCAUUUGUGAUAAAUUCAUGAGCUCCAAAGAGAUUGUUGACCACGUCGAUCGUUGUAUCUUCCUUCGGCAAGAAGAGGAAGCUCCAAAUCGAAGUUCCGACAACAUCACAAAUGUCAGAGAUGGCAAGCGAGCAUUUCCUUUGUUCGAAAAGAGCUUCAAUCCGGCACCAAAGAAGCAAAAAUUGAGUCCUGGAAGAAAUAUUGCCAAAAAUAACAAGAAAAUUCCGCAAAAAACGAUCGAUUUGACAUCGAAUGAAAAUGAAGAACCAUCGGAAAUGACAUCUAGCAAGUCUUUGAGCGAUCAAAAAGUUGAAAAAGAUGAAGAAAGUAUGAGCAACAUUCCAUUGGCGGAACGAGUGAGACCGAAAACUAUUGAAGAAUUGAUUGGGCAAUCCAACAUUUUGGGCAAAGGAACAGUACUGCGAAAGUUGUUCGAAAACGCUGAAAUCCCGAGUAUGAUACUUUGGGGACCUCCUGGAUGCGGCAAAACUUCCUUUUCGAACGUAAUUCACCAAAAAUGUAAAGAUUCCAAUACUUUACGGUUCGUAAAAACCUCUGCGGCUUUCGGAUCUGGCGUGAACGACAUAAAAGAAAUUAUAAAAGUUGCCAAAAACGAAGCAAAGUUCAAACGAAAGACAAUUCUCUUCAUGGACGAGAUCCAUCGCUUUAAUAAAGCGCAACAAGACAUCUUUCUACCGCAUGUCGAAAACGGAACGAUAACUUUAAUCGGUGCAACGACAGAAAAUCCCUCAUUUUCCUUGAAUAACGCUCUUUUAUCGCGAUGUCGCGUGAUUGUUUUGGAAAAAUUACAAACUGAUGAGUUAAUUGAGAUACUGAAGCGUGGUCUUGAGGUGUACAAAGGCAUUUGUGUGGAUAAAGAUGCGCCCUUAGCGGAUGUUGAAACGUUAGGAUAUGUCCCGGAAAUGAUUGUAGAACGAGGAACUCUGAAAUGGCUCGCGGAAAUGAGUGAUGGCGAUGCAAGAAAUGCUUUGAAUAGUCUUCAACUCGCCAUUCAAGCCGUAAAAUUGAAGGAUAAAAAGCAAAAUGGGAUUCUAAAGUUAAAUAUUGAUGAGUUAAAAGACGGUAUCAAGCGAUCUCACAUUCUUUACGAUCGAAAAGGCGAUCAACAUUACGAUAUGAUCAGCGCAUUGCACAAAUCAAUUCGCGCAAGUGACGAUAACGCAGCUUUAUAUUGGGCGACACGGAUGAUGAUCGGCGGCGAAGAUCCUCGUUACAUUUGUCGACGUCUUGUGCGAGCUGCUUCCGAAGACAUUGGCUUGGCAGACCCGAAUGCCAUCGCUGUCGCCUUAAAUGCCUUGCAAGCUGUUCAAUUAGUUGGCAUGCCAGAAGCUGAUUGCAUUAUCGCUCAAUGUGCGGUGUAUCUGGCACGAGCGCCUAAAAGUACAGAAACAUACCACGCAAUGAAACGCUGUCAGGAUAUGAUAAAAAAUCAUCAAGGAGCACAACCAGCAGUUCCGUUACACUUGAGAAAUGCCCCGACGAAGCUCAUGAAGGAUUUGGGAUAUGCAGCGGGAUAUAAUACGCUUCACAAAGACGAAUCAGGAUUCGAUUAUAUGCCAGAAGGACUUGAAGACGUCAAUUUCUUCUAAAUAAUUGUAAUUUUUUUAUUUUUUGUACCACUUCCGAGUCAACUGAAUUAAAAUUAAUAACUUUUUU